AUGGACGGGCAGUCCUCUUUAGAGCUGGUACAGUCUUGCCUACCAAAUGCAUCCCCCACUGAUGUUGUGCACGAGUGGCUAAAGAACAUUCCAGUCGAUGGCCCAGUGUACCAAAUGGAAGAUGAGACUGACACUGAGGGACCACAGAGGACGGAUUCUGUUGAGCGACUUGAAGACUCGAUUCAAAAUGACAGUGAUGAGCUUGAAGAUGAGCAGCAUAGCAAAACAGAGGAGAAUGAGGAGGAGAAUAUUGAUCCAUGUGAGGAGAAAGAAGAUGCAACAGAGGAAACCAUUGAGGCGAAAGAUGAUACUUCUGCCGGUGAGGGAGAUAUCAACAAUAUUUCCGAUGAUGCAGCGACCCAGGCAGAGGAAGGCAAGAUUGAGGAAACCAAGAUUGAUGGUUUUCCAAAGCGAGCCCACUCUUCUGUCCAAGUUAUGAAAGCACUUUUGAGCCCCAAGCUUGACAGGUGCAAUAGUCUCCCAGAGGUCUCCCCUGCAUAUGGCAGGAAACUGAGUAGAUCUGCAGAAGGCCUACUAGACUGCCUCGCGAAACUGAGACUAAUAGAUUUAGAUCCCGCAAACAAUCCAAAUCCCAAAUACACUGAGAUCAUGACCAUCCUUCAAACACUUUGGCUUUACAACCCCGCUGAGUGGGAUUCAAAGUCAAGCAGGGUCAAAGAUGAUCCUUCAGCUGAAGACGACGCCAAUCCCAGAUCAUCCUCUGGGGUUGAUGUCAGCAGUGGGUCAGCCGAUACGCCUAAAAGCAUGACCAACAAUGGAGCAGAGAACGUUGAGUCAUCAGCAGAAAAUAAGCUUGACGAGCAGGAGGCAGAGGCUGAGAAUGAAGAGGUCGUUUCAAAUGCAGAUACUCCCGACGUCGCCGCAAGAGUCCAGGGGAGUCAAGAAAUUUCCGAGAAGAAUAAUGAAGCUGAUACUGGAAAUGAGGCGACUCAAAGUGGUGAGACUCACAAAGAAACUACUGAGGAACCAUCUGAGUCGCCGAACACUAGCUCUGGAAAGGAGAGCAGAUCAGCCAAUGACAGCGAGCGGCCAGAGGGCUCAAGCUCAGGCACACCUCCCUCCACAAAACAAGCCCAACUUACCAGCAGAGUCUCCCUAGAACCAGAUCCAACAUGGGUCUUGAGUCUCCUGAAAAAAAUAGAAAAACAGUUCAUGAGUCACUAUGCCAGUGCAAUGCAAGAGUUCAAGGUACGCUGGAACUUGGAUGACAAUGCAAUGCUUGACACCAUGAUCAAUGAACUGAAAGUUGAGGUGCAAAAUAGAAUACAGAGUAGCAUUAAGAGGGAGCUUCAAAAAAUUCAAGGUCGAGCUGGGAAAUCGCCAAGGCCACCUUCGUCAAAUCUGUCUAAAGACUCUGUCGUAACGGAUCAAAGGCGACGGCGCUUGAAAGUCAUGCGCGACCGCUCACUCAAGGUUUCCAACAGCAAUGGCAGUGACGCGGCGUCUGGCACCAGUUUCAGCGACCAGCGAAGUGAUGAUGAGUACUGCCCAUGCGACGCUUGCGUGAGGAAGAAAAUGGAGGCCAAGCAGGUGAUUCGCGCAGAAGUCCUGAACACCGCCCCAGUGAGGAUGGAAUUUGACCUUAGAAAAAUCCUUCAGAUAAAAAAGGCUCCCCCACCACCUCCUAAGGUGGAGCCACCACCACCAGCACCCACACAACCAGAGAGCGUGCCCUCAGAGGAAAAACAACAGGAUAGCAACUUGGAUGUGGUGGAGGAGGAGCCAGAGCAGGAGGAGGAGGAAGAAGCUCAAGAGGAGGCUGAUGCUGAGGCAGAGGCAGAGGAGGGAACUGCUGGGGGGGAGGAUGUAGAGGCGGAGGAGGAGGAGCAGGCGGGAGAGGAUGCAGAUGAGGGUGAAACAGCCAGCGUUGUUCAUGAUGAUGGGGGCCAGGAGGAGGAGGAUGGAGGAGCUGAAGAUGAAGAUGCUCAGGAUGAGGUUGCAGAUGAAGAAGGGGAUGAUGCAACAGACCAGCAGCAAAGUAAGGAUGAAACUGAAGACAAUGCCAUUGCAGAGAAAACACCAAUGGACGACACAGAAGGAGACGUUAACCAGGUCGAUUCCACUGAGGCUGCGGAUGAAAUACAGGAAGAGCUGGAGGAGGCUGAGGAAGAGGAAGAGGAUGGCGGCGAGGGUGACACGGCAGUUCAAAAUGACAACGAAGCAGAGGAGAACGAGGAAGCUCAGGAUCAGGAAGAGAUUGAAGAUGGAGGAGAGGAGGAGGAGGAAACUACAGUGGUGGCAGACAGUAAAGCACCCAAGGGCAAAUCAUGGGAGCAGUUCAGACACCGCCAGAUGACUAGGACGUCGGUUGAAUCACAGACAGGAUCGAUGGACUCGAUGGAGCUGCAGUUGGAGGCCAAGCAGAUUGUCCAGUCCGUUUUUACGAACAUUCAAGGAGGCCCCAAAAGAGACUGGGAUGAAACAGGCUCCUCCUCAUCUUCAAAGAAACGAAGCCGGUCUCCUGCUGCAAGGGCCAAUAAACCACGGAGACCCAAGGACAGUGACAUCAAGGUGGAUGAUGACCUUGAGUAUUAA